AUGGAGGCGCGCGUGGCGGGGCGCGGCCUGCUCGUCCGGGGGUGGGCGCCCCAGGCGGUGAUCCUGUCCCACGCCACGGUGGGCGGCUUCGUGACGCACUGCGGCUGGAACUCGACGCUGGAAGCCAUCACGGCGGGGCUGCCGGUGGUGACGUGGCCGCACUUCACGGACCAGUUCCUGAACGAGAAGAUGGCCGUGGAGGUGCUGGGCAUCGGCGUCAGCGUCGGGGUCAAGGAGCCCCUGGCGUUCCAGGCCGCGAACAAGGAGAUCCUGGUGGGGCGGGACGUGGUGGAGAAGGCCGUGAGGGACAUCAUGGGCGCCGGGGAGGAGAUUCCCAACGUCCGGUCGAUCUCCGACAUGCCCACCUUUCCAUUUUCGGCAUAUGUGUGGAUGCCAUAUUAA